AUGUCUACAACAGUUACAACAACACGAAAACGAAAAACUAUUGAUGAUGGAGGUAGAUCAAUAAGUAAAAAAGUUUGUUCACUUGGAUCAUGUAAUGAUAUAAAAGCAUAUAAUGUUUGUAAAUUUUCAAGACCAUUUGGAUAUAUGUCAGAUAUAGUAAAUAUUUUUGAAAAAGAUAAAACAUUUGUACCAGUAGAUAGAAGAUUUUAUUCAAUUUCAUUACUUCAAGAAAAAAACAAAGUAGGAUUUACAUCAUUUAAAUUAUUAGAUUUCGUUGCACAAUUUGAAUUUGUUUCAUUUAAUCCUAAUAAUUUAAAUAAUACAUCAAAUAUUCCUGGAACAGAGAUACAAUUAACAAAAUUACUUUCACCAUUUAAAAUUGAUUUUUAUUUUGUAAGAAUUUGUGAUGAAAAGUUAGCAAAAAAAAAUGAUCUUAAAAUUACUGAUGUUCUUAUUGAUUCAACUAAUAUUAGAGGACAUCAAUUUGAUGAGGAUAAAAUUAAAAGAUUUACCAAAGAAGAAGAAAAUGUUUGCAUAUUAUCUCAGAUUGACAAUGAAAGUAUUAUUUAUAAUACUGCGAAUUAUAAAUUAUUUAUAAUUAUUGAUUAUAUGAAUUCUUUAUAUCAAGCUCGAUUGAAUAAUAAUGAAAUAAAUGAUGAUGAUAAAAUUUUAUUAGGACAAAAUUUAGGAGAUUUAAAUUCAGGAUAUCCAGUAUAUUUUACAAAAUUUGAAAUAGAAAUAGCUUAUGCACCAGCAUUAGAGAAUUAUAAAAAUUUAACAAUGUUUUCACAAAAUCUUAGUGAUCAAAUUAUAGAAAGAAUUAAAGAAUUACAAAAAGCAGAGGUUAAAGAUGAAGAUGAGGCAGAUGAUGAAUAUGAAAAUUAUCAAGAAUAUUUGUAUAUUGCAUUAUAUGGAACUAUAAAAAAGAAAGAACAACAAAUUCCUGAAGAACAUGAAGAACAGCAAAUUUCAAAUAAUACUAUCUUGAUUGAAAAUUUAAAAAAAGCAAUCAAAGCUUCAAAUUUAGAAGAUUUAUUUUUAAAUAAACAAAUUUAUAAAGAUAUUACAAAUUCUUUAUUAUUAUAUGAUGACAAAAUAGAUCUUCAAGAUGAACGUAAACAAGAAUUAAAUAAUAGAAUUAAUGAAAUGAUAAAUAAAACAGAGAAUAUUGAUAAUUUAAAAGAAAAUCAAGUUUUAGAUAAUUUAAUAAAACGUUCAAAUAUAACAUUUCAUGGAAAAAAUUUAUUGCAACAAAAUAGAAAAGUAAAAUUAAAUGAAUUACAACAAGAUCUUUUACAAUAUUAUAAAGAAGAAAUUAAUCAAACAGAA